AUGUGUUUGGUCAUGCGAACUGAUUUUUUCACGGUUUUUAUCUACUUUGAAGGUAUCAUGGCCGGGUCCAAUCGAUCGGGAGAUUUGGCUAAUCCUCAGGUCGCUGUCCCUCUGGGCACAAUCACAGCUAUAGCAGUCACUUCCGCUGUGUACCUUUCCAGCCCACUUCUCUUUUCCGCUAUUUGUGACGGAAAAGUGAUGCGCGACAAGUGA